UCAAGAUUUAUUGCAAACAGUUCCCAUGUGCUGUGCAAUAUUGAUAAAAACUUCCAAUGAAAAUAUUCACCUAAAUUUCCACGAAUUUGUUUGAAAGUAUUUAAAGUGAUGGACGAAUAUAAAUAAUUUGUAAGGCGUUGAAUACGCUGUUACUUAAUUAGAGACUUAGUUUAGAAUAUGGCUUCUUCAAGUAACAGCCCUCAACUUGUUUCAUGGAUUAACAAAAAUCAGAACAAAACGAAAGUAGCGGAAUUGACCACAUAUGAAAUGUAUGAAAUCCUUGCUCAGUUGGAAAGUGUUUGGUUUGACGAUAAAACACCAGAUCGAUUUCACGUAAACAAAACCGUUUCUAAUAUAUUAUGCAGCCAUUUACAAAAUGCUCCAAAUCCUUAUUCUUUGACCAUUUUCUUGUUAGAAAAAUCAAAAGAUUUCUCAACAUUCAAAACAACAUCUUUAUCAUUUUUCAUGCUCAAAGAAUUAGACAAAUGGCUCAAUUCACCUCAGAACAGAAACCGGAUUGAUAAGGCGACCUUGUUAGAUGAAGAACUACGAACACAUGUUUACAAGGUGACUGCGGGAAAGAACUUCACAUACUUCGACAUGGCUGUGAAAGUGUAUGAAAUGAAUCACGUAGGAAACGAUUAUUUUGUGCCAUUAGUUCGUUAUAAUAUCGAUAAUCAGAAAUUUAAAGAAGCGUCCAUUGCGAUCACUAAGUUACGAUUACAGAGACAUUUUAAAAUUAACGACGUUAUCAUCCCACUUUUGCUACAAGAUAAAGUGAACUUGCUUGAAAACUAUGUCAUUGGUCAGCCAAAUCAACAGAGAGAGGUAGUUCAGAUGUUGGAUAACCUGUGUGAUCGCAGCACCAGUAUCGAAGAUUUUAUUAAUAACUCAGGCGUUGAAUUGACUAGCAUCAAAAGAGGGCAGUUAAAUCGUAAAACUUUGAGCAAACUGGCUGUUCGAUUAAUGAAACUUUAUGAAAUUCCAGCCAGUCUAUGUCCAAAUAUAACCAAUGCCCGUGGAUUUGGGGCUAUAAAAUAUUUGCUGUAUAAACGUUAUAUUGAGAUGUCAAUGGGAUCAGGAAGUUGGGAAGAGAUGGUGCUGACAGCAGUUGCAGAUAGUGAUUAUUUAAAGGAACAGCUAGUAGAGCAACUGAUGUGUUACAAUGAUCUUCAGGAAGCUGUCAAAUGGGCAAAAAAUUUCAACCUUCCUGAUUCAAAAAUUCCUCCGUCCGUUUUAGAAGCCAGAGAAAAGUUUUCGCAGCAGUUGACUGAUGAAGCCGGGUGCUCUACGACCGGUGAUAAAGAAGAAAAUUGGGACAGUCAAACAUUGUCGGACAAAGACAUGUCUGCCUUUUAUCAUCAGCUUGUCAUCCCUUUAGAUCAUAUCACGAUGGUUGAUACAAGAGAUUCUCUCAAAAUCUGUUCCAAGAGACUUUCAGUUCCGGGAUCUGUGAUUGGAAUCGAUUCGGAAUGGAAGCCAACGAUGGGUACAGAAAAGUCUGGAAUAUCGAUCAUGCAGUUGGCAGUCCAUGAUCAUAUAUUUCUACUAGAUAUGAUGACCUUGAUCAAAACAUUGUCUCGUGAAGAAAUAUCGUGUUUUAUACAGCUGGUGUUUUGUAACAAGGAAACGGUAAAACUUGGUUACGGUUUUGAUGCGGACCUCCACAUGGUGGUUAAAAGUCUCCCAUAUUUGAAAGAUAUUUUACUUUGUAUGAAAAGAUUUGUGGAUAUUGAGGGAGUAUCAACUCUUGUUCUCAAACGCAAUGCAGAUAAUGUGAUGCUGGAUGAAUCAAAAUUAGAAGAUGAAGAUGGAGAUGAGUCAGAGGCUGCCCAAGAACCUGUCGCAAAGGUGGUAACAUCGUUUUCAAAAUCAGAAGAAAAGGGCCUGAGUGAGUUAGUUCGGCAAUGUUUCGGCAAACCAUUGUGUAAGAAUGAACAAAUGUCGAACUGGGAACGACGUCCCUUACGCCAAGAACAAAUAGUGUAUGCAAGUUUAGACGCUUUUGUGUUAUUAGAAAUUUAUGAUUAUCUUAAAAGUUACUGCGUAGAGAAUGACUUAGAUAUUGAUUUGGAACCUGCAGCCAAGAAAAUAAACUUUAACAAAAAAUCUAAACAAGAUAAAAAGAAAGCAAGAGCUGCAGGUUUAACUUCGAGAGAACGGAAAAAACGCAAAGAAGAAAACGAGAUGCAAAGGCUGUCAGCUUUGGAGAAGAAAAUAGUGCAUAAUGAUGAUUAUCAAUCUCCGGAAAAUGCACAAAAUACAGCAUCCUGAACAUGGAGACAGAUCCGCGUUUUGACGCAUUAUGGAUUUUAAAUGGACAGGAGGAAGAUCUAUUUAUCACUCAUCUUGUUAUUCACUGAUUUUAUAAUUGUUCAUCAAU